AUCACUCUCAAACAGUGUUAUCCUCUAAAUAUAUAAUUUACGAGUUUAUUAUUGGAAGUUGUUCUAUUAAAAAAGCAAAAUGCCUCGAGUAAUCGCAACAUUACUUUUCGCUUCAAUCUUCAUUACAACAGUUUAUUCAGAAGAUGUGCUAAAAUGCUACAUGUGCACCUCAUUAACAAGCGAGGAUUGUGAUUCCGAUAUGAAAACAAAUUCAUUACAACCAUUGGAAUGUACUGGUAAUAAUAUGAUGGAAUGGCAACGAAGCAUUAAACAGCACAAUGUCCUCAAGCCGUUGGCACGGCUUUUCGAAAUUGAUGACACGUUACUAUAUUAUCAAAGUCUUUCCAAGAAUACAGCUUGCGUUAAAAUGUUCAUUAAGAUUGAAAAACAAGACAUUAUUGUAAGAACAUGCCAAACAGCUAAAACAGAACUUAUUGAUCCAUGUAAAACAAUGGAAAACAAACUAAAAGUCAACAUGUUAGGCACAAUAGAACAAUGCGCACUUUGUCUUAAAGAUGCCUGUAAUGGUACGAUGUCCCUAUCUUCCAAAAUAUUCUAUACUUUUCUGUCACUUUUUAGCACUCUUAUUGCUUUUUAUCAUUUAUAG